UUAUUUGUUUCCGUGCAGGGAUCAUUGGAAGGAAGCAUUUCGUUGGGACGAUGGGGAGGUCCGGGUGGCGAUCCUUGGAGCUUCAAGGCUGCCAUUGGGAUAAGUGAGAUAAUCGUCCAUGAAAAUGGUAGUAUCAAGUCCAUUACUUUUAAGGAUGCCAAUGGCUUUACAUCUGGGACAUUUGGUGGCAGAGAUCCGAAUGAUGGGGGCAAUGAGAAGAAGAUUCCUAUCCAAUGGCCGUCAGAAUAUUUGAAAUAUGUAAGCGGCACAUAUGGAAACUACAAAGGACUUUUGGUCGUCACAUCAUUAUCAUUUACGACAAAUCUCACUACUUAAGGACCCUAUGGAAAUGCCAAUGGCGAAUCUUUCUCUGUCCCGAUGUCAGACAGCAUCGUCGUUGGAUUUUACGGUAGCACAGGCUACUACCUUGAUGCUAUUGGUAUUUAUGUGGAACCGGCACAAUCACAUGGAAGCAUUUCUUUUGGACAAUGGGGGGGUUCAGGCGGAGACCCUUUUAGUUUCAGAGUAGGAAGUUGGAUAAAAGAGAUAAUUGUCCAUGACGAAACAAAUAUCAAGUCAAUCUCUUUUGAAGACGCGGAUGGACACGAGUACAGACCUUUUGGCGGCAACAAUCCCAACGAUAUCGGUGACGAAAAAAAAAUUCAGAUCGAUGGAGUCUCGGAGUAUUUGACAUCCAUAGCUGGGACAUAUGGAAACUAUAAUGGUCUAAUGGUGAUCAGAUCACUAUCAUUUAUAACAAAUUUAAAGACGCACGGACCCUUUGGAACUGAUAUUGGAACCCCCUUCUCCCUCCCUAUUGGAGAUAGUGUAGUUAAUGGGUUCCAUGGAAGAAGAGGCUAUUACCUUGAUGCAAUUGGCAUCCAUGUGAAACCGAGGCAUGUAGAGGAGCCUAUUGCAAUAGGGCCAUGGGGUGGCGAGGGAGGGGAUUCGUGGAGUUAUAUUACCCAUCGAGGCAUCAAUGAGAUAAUCAUCCAUGUGGGAUCCAAUAUCAAGUCUAUAUCUCUAAGAGACACCACUGGCUUGGGUUCUGUAACAUUUGGUGGCAAAAACGCCAACGAUAUCGGUGAAAGGAAAACAAUUCAUAUUAAUUGGCCUUCUGAGCAUCUGGUAUCCAUAAGUGGAACGUACGGAAAUUUUGCCAGUCUAUUAACCAUUACAUCACUGUCAUUUACUACAAAUCGGUCUACGUACGGGCCAUAUGGAGCUACGACCGAUACUUCCUUCUCCAUCUCGAUAAAAAAUAACACAGUCGUUGGGUUCCAUGGAAGAGCGGGCCACUACCUGGACGCUAUCGGUAUUUACGUGAAACCAGAAACGACGAUCUAGCCAGCUAGCUGAAUAAGUGAUUUGGCCUGGCCUGUUGGGGAGGAACUUCUUGAUGACGAUAAAAGAGAAGUUGGUAGUUUUAUAUCUGUAAAAGCCAUGCAUGGACAUUUACGUACUGAUCGAAAUAAGGCUGAAUAAUAUUUAGUACUUGAGAAUCACUUUGUGAUACAUGUCUUGUAUGAUAUGCAUUGUUUUUAAUUUUGUUAAUCCAAAUUGCCGUA